AAUACCAGCUUCACCACUUUCCUAUUUUUCCCCAAAAAAUCAGAAACAGAUUGAAAAUGCCAAGAGAACCAAAAAGACCGAAUCUCAAUGUUCCUCUAUUAACAGAAAACAGAGAACAGGAACAUGGGUUUGGGUUGCUGCUCGGAAAGAAAAAUAGUUUUGUUAGUAAGGAGAGUUCAGAGAUUGUUGAAGAAAUGAAGAAGCAGCUAUGGUUAGCUGGACCUCUUAUAUCAGUUAACGUCUUACAGUUUAGAUUACAGUUAAUUUCAGUAAUGUUUGUUGGUCAUCUUGGUGAACUUUCUCUUUCUAGCGCUUCGAUUGCUACUUCUUUUGCAUCAGUUAGUGGUUUCAGCUUGUUAAUGGGCAUGGGAAGUGCAUUGGAUACAUUAUGCGGUCAAUCAUACGGAGCAAAGCAGUAUCAUAUGCUCGGGAUACAUAUGCAGAGAGCCAUAAUUGUCCUUUUACUUGUUAGUGUUCCUCUUGCUUUUAUUUGGGCCAACACAGGUUUAAUUCUCUCGGCCGUAGGACAAGGUCAGGACAUAUCAUUUGAAGCGGGAGUAUAUGCUCGUUACAUGAUCCCUUCCCUUUUUGCAUUUGGACUCCUUCAGUGUGAAGUUAGGUUCUUGCUAACCCAAAGUAUAGUCCUACCAAUGAUGAUAAGCUCUGCAGUUACAGCCUUUUCACAUAUACUUGUAUGUUGGGUUCUGGUUUUCAAAACGAAUCUUGGUUAUAGAGGUGCUGCAAUGGCGAAUGCUAUUUCUUAUUGGAUCAAUACAAUACUGUUAGCACUUUUUAUCAAGUUCUCUGACACCUGCAAAAGAACUUGGACUGGUUUCUCUAAGGAAGCGGUUCAGGAUAUAUAUAACUUCAUGAGCCUUGCUAUUCCUUCGGCUGUCAUGGUCUGCUUAGAAGUGUGGUCUUUCGAUAUGAUGGUCCUGCUAUCAGGUUUCCUUCCAAAUCCAAAGCUAGAAACUUCAGUGUUAUCUAUCAGUCUCAACACAAACACUGUUCUUUUUAUGAUUGCAUCCGGACUCGGUGGAACUAUAAGCACAAGGGUUUCGAAUGAAUUAGGAGCGGGUAACCCGAAAGGAACACGCUUAGCAGUUCAGUUGGUGUUACUCAUAACCAUUACACAAGGUAUAAUAACAGGCUCAAUCCUGAUUUUAAUACGUGGUCUUUGGGGAUAUGCCUAUAGCAACGAAGAAGAGGUGGUAAGUUAUGUGGCGACCAUGUUGCCAUUUAUUUCACUCUCGAGCCUUCUUGAUGGAAUUCAAGGCGUUCUUUCAGGAACUAUUAGAGGAUGCGGUCGACAAAAGAUAGGUGCUUUUAUUAAUCUUGGAGCUUAUUACCUUGUGGGCAUCCCUUCAGCUAUAUUACUAGCUUUUGUUCUACAUAUGGGGGGAAAGGGACUUUGGCUUGGGAUCAUAUGCGCAUUGUCGGUUCAAGUUGUAUCUCUUCUUACUGCAACCUUGCGUACUGACUGGGAGCAUGAAGCAAAACAAGCAGCGAAUAGAGUUUAUGGCGCCACCGUUCCCAUAAAUUUGGUGGCAUAAAUACAAAUAAAUUAUGGAUACAAAGGAAGGGUUUAGGUUGAGAAUUGGAUUGAUUCUAUUUUAUUUUAUUUUUGGGAAAAUUAGGAUAAUUUUGACCUUGCUGCUAACAACUCUUAGAAUAGUAUAAAUUCUCUAUCUGCAAAAACCAAAUGUGCAAAGAAAAGUGGGAUCCAAGGAUCAGAAGAUAAAACAAAUUUUUUUAGUGAA